AUGACUCUCGUUAAAUCCAGUUACUACUCGUGGAACCCCCUAUGGCCCCAUUACCUAGCAGCCGCGGCGCUGGCAGUCAGCAUCUUCAGCGGUCUGGUCCGCUUCUUAGUAUGGGACUAUUAUGAUUCUCAACACUGCGGUGCUUUAUUGAAUGAGGGUCAGUGGUUUGAUAGUGACUUCAAGGCCUGGCAGCCGAACGGUUGCAUGAUGCACUCGUAUACCUCCGCGGACUCCAGUCGUUGCCCAGGGUCCAAACGAGUUGUUUUCAUUGGGGACUCGGUCACUCGCAAGCUGUUCUUCCAGCUCUCACACAUACUUGACCCAUCACUCCCAACUGCACCCCCGGAUGACCAACACAAACACUCAGACCAUUCACUACAAUCGAAUUCUGGCACGUACCUAUCCUUCAUAUGGGACCCAUUUCUGAAUUCGUCCAAAACUCACAACUUCCUCAACUCUCUGGAUGAAACCGGCGCACCUUCCACCGCCUCUUCCCCGCCAAGGCCGGCGAUGCUGGUUCUCGGAGGUGGACUGUGGUAUUUGCGAUAUUCCAACUCAUCUGGGGGCCUACCGGUGUGGGAGGCGCAGAUCGAGGACGUGGUAACCACCUUGUUAGGGGCUUUGAAACCUCCAGCAGAUCAGAUUGUGAUACUCCCCGUCCAACCGGUGGUACCGUGGAAGCUGUCUCCAGACAGAGCCAGCUCCAUGAGACUGUCAGAUAUUGACGCAAUGAACUCUGACUUGUACCAUCGCAUCAGCACUGUCUACGGAACAGCUUCGCGUCUUCUCAUGCCUUCACCGAAACCCCUCAUAGCGCUACCUUUGGUUUUCAACCAGAUGCUGGACCCGCAUGAGACGGACGAUGGCCUUCACUUCUCUGACGCUAUCGUUAGGGCUCAGGCCAACAUACUCUUGAACUUGGCGUGCAACGAUGAUCUCCCCACAAAAUUUCCCUUGGAUGCAACAUGCUGCCGUAAAUAUCCGAGCAUAUCAGGUCUGCACGGGCUUCUGUUGCUCGUCCUUUUUCUCUGGGGUCCUGGAACAUGGUGUUUGCUCGUUUCUGUUCCAGGGUCCCCUUUCUAUGAGGAGAUGACACCAUCCAUGAUCAUGAGCGUCUCUCUUGCGCUUGUUUUCAUCGCCGAUCGCACAGGAUUUUGGUUGAAGGAACACAAGCACUUUGAUCCAUGGAUAUUUAGCAUCUUGGCCUUCUCGGCCUUACUUGCGGGUUUAAUAACAAUCAAACGUGCUGACAAGGAUCUUGGAUUCCUCAAUCGAAAGCAAACAGAUGAGUGGAAGGGAUGGAUGCAAAUUGCCAUUCUUAUCUACCACUAUUUUGGAGCAUCUAAAAUCCCCGGUAUAUACAAUCCGAUCAGGGUAUUGGUCGCCUCCUACCUUUUCAUGACUGGUUACGGCCAUACGACCUUUUACGUGAAGAAGGCGGAUUUUGGUCUCCGUAGAGUGGCACAGGUUCUCAUCCGUUUGAACCUAUACACUCUACUCCUCGCGUACGUCAUGAACACCGACUACAUAUCCUACUAUUUCGCCCCACUGGUAUCCUCCUGGUAUCUCAUCAUCUACGUCACGAUGGCGCUUGGAUCGCACCUCAACGAUCGUACGGGUUUUCUGAUUGCAAAGAUACUCCUAUCCAUGGCGGCCGUCACCUGGUUCAUGAGGGAGCCCCGUCUGCUCGGCAUGAUAUUUGAAUUUCUGGAACGUUUCUGCGGCAUCAGGUGGUCCGCCAGGGAAUGGGCAUUUCGCUUCACGCUGGAUUUGUGGAUCGUCUACGUUGGCAUGCUGACAGCGCUGGCGUACAUCAAAAUUCGGGAGCAUCGGUUGACCGAUCAUGCUCAUUGGCCAGCAGCUGUCAAAACCGCACUCGUGCUAUCGACCGUCGCUUUGCUGUGGUUUUUUGUCUUCGAACUCUCGCAACCCACAAAAUUCGCCUAUAAUGCGUGGCAUCCAUACAUAUCAUUCGUUCCCGUGCUCGCCUUCGUUGCCUUGAGAAACGCAACACCUGCACUGCGAUCGACCUCCUCCCGGUUAUUUGCCUUCAUCGGUGGCUGCUCGUUGGAGACUUUCAUAAUCCAAUACCACUUUUGGCUAGCCGGAGACACCAAGGGCAUUCUACUGGUUCUUCCGAGUACCCAGUGGCGAUCACUUAACAUGGUGAUUACGACGAUUGUCUUCAUCUAUGUUUCUCAUCGCGUAGCGGACGCUACCGGGGAACUCACCGCCUGGAUAUGUGGCGACGUGAAGACAGAACUCCCGACGGCCGCAGAUCCCCGUAGACCGGCAUCCACGUCCGGAAGUGAAACGACCCUGAUCCCGAACGAGGAUAGCUUGGCGAGCAAGAAUGACAUGGACAGCGCGCAACCUGAACCUGACACACCGGCAAGGCCUAUCGGGAGAGGGUGGGCGGAACGUCUUUCCGCCUCAGACACAUCGAACCAAAGGUUGCGUGUGUGUUGCGGAUGUUAUCAAUGGAGGUUCGGACUGAUGGUGAAGUUGGGCAUUGGUCUGGUCGCGAUGUGGGUAUUGAACAUGUUAUGGCCAUCGUCAUAA